AUGGAGAUCUCCAAGAAACUUGGGGUCCACCCGAUAUUUACAAGAGCGAGUCGCUGGCGGGGCGGCGCCCACGCACCCUGGGAUGGGCCCAGGGAGGCCCCGGAGCCGCUGACCCCGAGAACGGGACGGACGCGACCCGGAAGUCGCUUCUGCCCUGACAUACAAUGGCGGCGUCCGCAAAUCUCGCGCGCUUUGGCGAACCAAUCCAAGUCCGACGAUCGCGGGACGUCUGACGCAACAACGUUGGAUGAUGCAACGAGCAGAGCCCGGAUAAAGGAGGCCACGGGGGAGCGCUGGGGUUUUUGCUCGGCGGCGGCGUUGGAGUCCGUGUCCUUGGAGUUGACCCAGGCGACCGCAGGGAUGGGGCUGGGAGAGCUCUAUGUCUCAGAUCGAGAGGGUGAUGAUGCCACAGGUGAUGGAACCCAGGGAAAGCCUUUUAAAACAGGUCUAAAGGCUUUGAUGACAGUAGGAAAAGAACCCUUCCCUACUAUUUACGUAGAUUCACAAAAAGAAAAUGAGAGGUGGGAUGUCAUUUCUAAAUCUCAGAUGAAGAACAUUAGGAAGUUGUGGCACAAGGAACAAAUGAAGAGCGAGUCCCGGGAAAAGAAAGAGGUCGAAGACACUUUGCGGAGGGAGAAAAACCUGGAAGAAGCGCGGAAGAUCACAAUUAAGAAUGACCCGAGUCUUCCAGAGCCCAAAUGUGUGAAGAUUGAUGCGCUAGAAGCACACAGAGGCCGGAGGGUCAAGGUGUUUGGCUGGGUCCACAGGCUGCGGAGGCAAGGAAAGAACUUGAUGUUUCUGGUGCUGCGGGACGGCUCAGGCUUCCUCCAGUGCAUCCUGUCAGACGAGCUGUGUCAGUGCUACAACGGGAUGGUCUUAUCCACCGAGAGCAGUGUCGCAGUGUAUGGAAUGCUCAACCUUACCCCAGAGGGCAAGCAGGCUCCAGGGGGCCAUGAGCUGAGCUGCGACUUCUGGGAGCUGAUUGGCUUGGCCCCUGCGGGAGGGGCGGAUAACCUGAUCAACGAGGAGUCGGACGUCGACGUCCAGCUGAACAACAGACACAUGAUGCUGCGCGGAGAGACCAUGUCCAGGAUCAUGAAGGCCCGCUCCAUGGUUACCAGGUGCUUCCGAGAGCACUUCUUCGACAGGGGCUACUGCGAGGUUACACCCCCGACGCUGGUGCAGACGCAGGUGGAAGGGGGCUCCACGCUUUUCAAGCUGGACUACUUUGGAGAAAUGGCCUUUCUGACCCAGUCCUCCCAGCUCUACUUGGAGACCUGCCUCCCGGCUCUCGGAGACGUGUUCUGCAUCGCACAGUCCUACAGGGCCGAGCAGUCCAGGACCCGGAGGCACCUGGCCGAGUACACCCACGUGGAAGCCGAGUGCCCGUUCCUGACCUAUGAGGAACUUCUGGACCGAUUGGAGGACUUGGUGUGCGACGUGGUGGACAGGGUCCUGAAGUCUCCUGUGGCGAGCGUUGUGUUUGACCUCAACCCGAACUUCAAGCCCCCCAAGCGGCCCUUUAAGCGGAUGAACUAUUCCGAUGCCAUCGUGUGGCUGAAGGAGCACAACAUCAAGAAGGAGGACGGCACUUUCUAUGAAUUUGGAGAAGAUAUCCCAGAAGCUCCAGAGAGACUGAUGACAGACACCAUCAAUGAGCCGAUCCUGCUGUGCCGCUUUCCCGUGAACAUCAAGUCCUUCUACAUGCAGCGUUGCCCUGAGGACCCUCGCCUGACCGAAUCGGUCGACGUGCUGAUGCCUAACGUGGGCGAGAUUGUGGGGGGCUCCAUGCGCAUCUGGGACAGUGAGGAGAUCCUGGCCGGCUACAAGCGCGAAGGGAUUGACCCCACCCCCUACUACUGGUACACAGACCAGAGGAAGUAUGGCACGUGUCCGCACGGAGGGUAUGGCUUGGGCUUGGAACGAUUCUUAACUUGGAUUCUGAAUCGGUACCACAUCCGAGAUGUGUGCUUAUACCCUCGAUUCGUCCAGCGCUGCAAGCCGUAACCAGUUCCUUCCGAAGCCUGAGAGGAGAAGACGGCUACGAAGGAGCAAGACGGUCUCUUUUAAAAAAGAAAGGCAAAAUCUCCUUUUUCCAUUCAUUGGCGUGUCAGCUCUAUUUCCUCCUUAAAGCCAAAAUCUUCCUUUUUUGAUUCGUUGGCGUCUCAGCUCUAUUUCCUUCUUAAGUCGAUGGCUGCUACAAUCAAAAAGUCAGUGCGAUUCACUUGCCUGGAUACCAAGUGACAUUUCUCUUGUCAUGUUCAGAAAACUAACACCUCCCCCCAGAGAGCAUUUAGAUGGGAUAAUGGCCUGUAACUGUCAUGAGAAGGCCUGUCGCAGUAUGUUGGUGCCCAGUUGUCCAUCGUCCAUUCAGAGCCGUGCCUGCCAGUUAAAAAGUAUGCUCUGAGAAAAAGCAGUGACGUGGGUUUCUGUCCUGUCCUUGUACUCUCUCGAGUGAAAACCAGCCUCAUGGGGGGAAGCUGGCAGUUUGGUCCAGGGGGUUGUCGGUUUCCAAGCAGGGUCUAAUUCAGCAGUGGACACAGGGAUCAAAUGCCAAUAGUCGAUUGCAUCCGUCAGGAAUCUUGGUGAAUGUGUCAGGCCGCUACUAAUUGUGAAGCAUAUAGAUUGAUAGGGUGAAUUUGUAAAGGCGGAAAUGUUUUGAAGAAUGUGCCAUGAGAUCAGUUUUGGUGAAGUAAGUAAUGGAAUAAGGUCAUAUAUAUAUGAGUAUAUGUUCUCUUGUAUAUUUUCUGAUAGUUAUAAUGACCAACAGACAGCGUCCAAGCCGGAGAGGCAGCUGGCCUCCUGGUGGUUCAAAGUAUAAGAGCUUGAAUAGAACCCUCGCGGGAAUUGUCUUCGCGGCCCUGCCCUCUCACAAAUAGCAGGUUUAGGGAAUGGCUUCCUUUCAGAUGUAAGGUUACCUGCUCCUCAAAUAUGCUUAUCAUGUACUCCUACUAGACUGUUGCCAGCAGUCAGUAAAUGGACACCCAGAAUUAACACUUUGCUGGAUAAUUUUUCUUUUUCAUAACGUGCACAUCCAUGUAAUCAGAGUUAAACUUGCUGAGUAGUGCUAAAAUUAUAUAAUGGCAAUGAAAUGGAA